AUGAUUGAAGGCUAGAUUAUUGAAUUCUUUUGGUUAAUGAGUAGUUUAGUGUUAUUUGGUUAUGCAAUAUUGUCAAAAUUCAAAUGGAAAGAGAACGUACAUUAGAAUCGCAAGAUUAGAAUGAAUAGCUAUAAAUCGCAGAAUUUACCUAGAAACUAAUUUGUGAUUGAAGGUGAGAUAUGCUAUGAUAAGUAGAGGCUGAGGAACAACAGUAAUGCAAAAGCGAGGAGGAUCUUUCAUAACAACAGUAAUAAUAGCUGGAGGUAUUGAAUUGAAAUGAAUAGUGCAAGAAUUAAUCAAUAGCAUAACUAAUAAGGCCGAAAGUAAAUUAUUUGAUUAAUGUUCAUUUGCUAUUAUCAUCAGUGGCAAUAAUAAAUAUAUUAAAUGGUGGAGACAAUAUAUUUUUAUUAGUCAUGGUAAUCUUAUACCUGAUUAGUACGAUUGUAAUUGUUGCUAAGUUAAGAAUGAAAUGGUUAUUCAUUCCAUAACUGAUGAUUUUGGCCAUGAUGAUAAACUACUUGAUAGUUAUAUGA